AUGGAAGAAAGCCAACAAAUAUUGGAUGAAACUGUUUUACCUGAAGAAAUUCAACGUUAUCGAGUUGUUUAUGAAAAGGCGAAAGAAGCAAAUCAAAUUACUGAUGAAAAUAAAUUCUCAUUUGCUUAUUGUCUUGUGCGAAGUAAAGCUAAAGCUGAUGUACGUCAUGGUUUAACAUUACUUCGAGAACUUUAUGAUUCAACGAAAAGUGAUGAUGCUAAACGUGAUUAUAUAUAUUAUUUAGCACUUGGUAAUGCUCGAUUGAAUGAAUAUGAAACAGCAUUAAAUUUUCUUGAUGCAAUUCUUCAUUUACAACCUGGUAAUCAUCAAGCGAAAAAUCUUAAAGAGGAAGUUACACGACGAAUGACUCGUGAAGGAUAUGUUGGUAUGGGUAUUGCUGUAGGUGCAGGUGCAUUACUUGUUGGAGGAGGAGGAGGAUUACUACUUGUUGGCGGUCUUACAGCUGCUGCUCUGGCUCUUUUAAAAAAAUAA